CCGAACAAAACGAACAAGACUGCUUGCAGGUAAGCGAGAAGGGGGAGGGGGGACGAAAAACACCGCCAGAUUGUUUGACGGGGGACUUCAAAGGAAGGCGUGUGGCUACAAUGGGCUACCGUUGAUUCUCGAUAGGUCCUGCACUUUCUGGCGAGCGCCCCCCUCGCCGAACUCAGGGAGUUUUCUGCUCAUUUUGGCGGAAGAUGUUUUCUUGUCGUUGGUGUAUCGAUGCUACUUUCAGUGGCGGUAGAGCUAAGUAAUGACAGUGGCGGCUCGCUCAUAGGAAGCGAAGUCGUGUGGUUGUGGUGCUCAGCUUUUGGAGUAUCUUGAGGAAAUCGCGGACAAGAACCCAUGAUCGUUAUUAGGUGGCUCAAUAAACCUUGGGCUGUUUGCGCCAGUUCUCAAUCCCGCCGUCAUGAUGAACUCUGUUGAGUCUGAUUAGAAAGAGGUGCUUCUUGAAGGAAGGGAGCGGCCGGCACCGCAGUCACCAAGGUGUCCUGGUGUGAACUAAUUUAUUGGUGUUCUGGGACCCGCCCAGCCAACCAUCCCUUCUUUUCGCCUGCAGGGUUCGCCCUUCUUACUUGUCCCUUCUUUGGUUUACUCCUUUUGUCAUGGCAGGUGGCCAAGCUAGCCGCUGGCAUGCUCGACCGUUGCGCUGGAGCGGGACACUUGCUAGUGCCGGGCGAAGAGGCCGUUCCGAGUGCGGCUCUGUUGGACUUGGCUAGGAAAGAGCUCGGUCGAGUAUCCUUGAACGGAAUAACGACCUGCGACGGGACCGGCCCGACCGGGCUAGGGCUCUUCCCGUCCGGAGCGAUGAUCAACCACAGCUGCUCUCCCAAUUGCCAGGCUUGGUGGAGAGGUUCCCAGCUGGAGAUUCGAUGCACCAAGCCGGUCGCGACGGGAGAAGAGUUAUGCUUGAGCUACAUCCCCAUCGACCAGCCUUCAACUGUCCGACGAGCGCAACUCAGACACAGCUGGUUUUUCGCGUGCCGAUGCCGGAGGUGUGUUUCGAGGCAGUGGGAUGCUGAGCUGGUAGGGCUGCGCUGCCCUACGAAAGGGUGUGCUGGCGCUGUGCCUCCCCCUCCAUGGCGCGGUGGUCAUGCGUGCAGCCACUGUGGCACAUCCCAUGCCUUUAACAAGCCAUCUACACGACCAACCCCACCGGGAGAAGGGGAAAACGUUUAUGUUGAAGAACGCACGGCGCGGUCUACCUGUGCAGCACGAGAAGCACAAGAGAUGAUAGUUUUGCCAGAGGCCGAUUACAGGGGCUGCGAAGAAAGGCUUCUGGGAGCGGGAAGGAACUUUCGAAAGGGCAUGGAGGCGUACAUGCAAGAAGAGCCAGACGUUGCUCUCGUGGCGCUGGAGAAGAGCUUGCUUGUUCGGCAGAGUCUCUUGCACCCAUUCAACAAGGAACUGCUGCGCACACUGCGGUAUGCGAGUUACGCGGCGAUCGCAACGCACAGCUGGUCCAAGGCUUACUCGUUUCUGAGUCGUUGGCUGCACCCCAUGGACGCGAUGUACGGUGCUGCGGAGGUGUGGGAUAUAGCCGCCAUGCGCGUUGAUGCCGGUCUGGUUUUAAACAAGCUAAGCGAGGUGACAUGUGGUCCGGGAACGGUCCCGCCGCAGGUGGGAGAGGCUCUACCGGGACUUAUCGAGCUUUCGGGACAACCAGAGACAGGCGGUAGCAUGGAUCCAGCCGCUUUCGGCGAGAUGGCAGCAGGGCUGCGGUGGAUUUGGGUCUGUCUAGGAAGGGACAGCGGGCUUUCGGGCGAAAUCGCCGCUCUCGAAUCCUUUGGUGACCACGGCGUGACCUUUCAUGUCCACGGCGACAACCAUCUUUCUUGA